UACGUAAUGUCCUAAAGCAAGCAAGAGACUCCACUGAUCAUAAACAAGCGGCUAAUGCUUGCAUCAACAGCGAACAACACUUAAGAAUAAUGUAAUGAUAAAGGUAUCCUUUCAGAAUUCCCUAUAAAUAGGCCUGUAUGCUAUAACACACUCAGUCAACAUUGGGUGUCUACCUCUGAAACUCGAACAAUGGGGGAGAGAAUGCGAUUUCCAGUCGGAAUAUUGGGUAGUCUUCUAUUUAAUUUCCUUGAUUCCUGAAUCCCCACCACCUACAUGUGAUGCGAAGAAAACAGAUACUGAAUGUUGUAAUAAUUUACCUUUGUAUUUUUUUUGCAGGGAACGCAGCCUCCUUGUUCCUAUACACAGCACCCAUAUUAACUUUCAAAAGAGUUAUUAGAAAGGAAAGUACGGAGGAGUUCUCAUGCAUCCCAUACAUCAUUGCUCUGCUGAAUUGCCUUCUAUAUACUUGGUUUGGUAUGCCAGUGGUAAGCAAAGGUUGGGAGAACUUCACGGUGGCUACCAUCAAUGGCUUAGGGAUCCUUCUCGAGACCUCAUUCAUUAUAAUUUACGUAUGGUUUUCAUCACCAAAACGUAAGAAAUUAGUUAUUCUGAUGGUGACAGUGGUAAUCAUCCUAUUCGGCGCGACUGCAUCGGUUUCAUGUUUUGUGUUGCAUGAUCACCCUCACCGAAAAUUGUUUGUUGGAGUGGUUUCUCUAGUAGCUUCCAUAGCCAUGUAUGGUUCCCCAUUAGUAGCUAUGAGGCUAGUGAUCAAGACAAAAAGUGUGGAGUUCAUGCCCUUCUAUUUAUCAUUCUUCUCCUUCUUCGCUAGUUCUCUCUGGAUGCUAUAUGGCCUUUUAGGCCAUGAGUUCUUCAUUGCGGCACCUAAUUUCUUGGGUACUCCCAUGGGAAUCCUUCAGCUGGUACUCUAUUGCAUGUAUAAGAACAAGAAACAAGCUUAUGAAGAACCUAACAAUGUGGAUGUAGAGAACAAUGGAGAAAAGCCGACUUCCCAAAGAUAAUUCAAUACUGGAAGAAAAGAAAUUGCAUUAACAAUGUGGAAUAAGAGUUUCCAAUCAAUCUCUAGAUUCUCUACCUUUUAUUGUCAUCUAUAUAGUAGCUAAUCUAUGCAGAUGUAACAUUUCCUGCAUCACCCCGUCAUUUGAUGAAGUGUGUGAGAAAUAAGAGAAUAUCAUCUGAUGGAUUUAAUCUCUGCAGUAACUCUUUUUUUCUCUUUUUUCCACAUGACUCUCUUGCCAUAGCAUUGAUUAUUUUGCUUUUUUAUGUGUGUGUCCAUAUGCACAUCAAACUUAUAGUGCC